AUGGUUGCUGCAGCCUGGGCAUGGGCGGCGAAGACAAAAAAUCUUCGCCGCAACCAGGUGCAUGGUGAGGAGGAGGCUCGCCUGGUGCUUACCGAUAAGUUCGAGGCCGCGGAUACAACAACCCAGCAGACAGAGAUGAAUGGUUCGAUGGAGCUCGAGGACCGUCUCGAUGCUGCUGACGGGGCCCGAGCCGAAGCGCUUCGGGAACAAAUCCAGGCCCAGCUCGCGAAUCUCCAGAAGUGCUUUGAUGAUCUGACAAAGAAACAAUCCGAUGCCCUCACCCGUCCGCUGGACAAGCCCUUCCAGGACUCGAUCCUGAAGAUGUUCGCCGAGGUGACCAAACAGGAUCUGAUAAUGAACAACUAUAUUGUCAGGUCCCGGGCUGUGAAGCCGGGCACGAGUUCCACGAAGUCGAAAGCCAAGACGGCCAAGCCUGCCAAGAAGGACAAGAAGGAUAAGAAGGAUAAGAAGGAUAAGAAAUCCAAGAACCCCAAGAAGGAGAAGAAAUGCCUUUCUACGUCUGAAGAUGAUGUGAGCGACGACGAUGACCUGGCUAAUGAGCUUCUGGUUGGUUUCCGGACUGGGGCAGACAGUGCUGAACGUGUUGUCCGGAUAGCUCAAGUGGCCUCCCGCAAGAUGCAGAAGCAAGGACCGGUAGACCCGUCUCUAAAAGAAUUGGCUGCAUCUGGAUCCUCCAACGCCUCCCGCAGCCUGUAUCGACUUAUUCAGAAGCGGGGGCAUAGUCUGCCGGUGAGAAUCACCGGAGUCAAUGCACCAAUCCGAGUGAUCAAGAAGGGCAGAGUGCUACAAGAGGAUUGGUCUUUUCCAACUUUGCUUCCGAGCUCGUGGGUAGAGUAUGCACUUAGCAUUGGAGGACAGCCUAUAUUAGGUGGCCAUACACUGGAUGGAGUCUUGGCAUACACCACAAUGCUCAAGCAGUUCUGGCAACACUAUCGGAGCAUUCACCCUUCCUUCGAUGCAUUUACAAGGGAGGACUUCGAUGAGAUCAGUGCCACCCUCAUACCGUUCGCCAUACAUGGUGACGAGGGCAGAGGAAAGGGGAAGAAGCCUAUCAUGUGUCUUUCUGUCCAACCAAUCAUUGGGGCUAAGGGCCUCAGUUUUCUCAACAUGAGCGGGCACUCGUUCACCACCAGGAUGCUCUACACAUGUAUACCGUCCGAGAUGUAUGCAACACUGAGAGUCCUUCUGGAUGCACUGACGAGCGACCUUGCACAGCUGUAUCGCGAUGGUGUGGUGUGGUAUGACUGCUCAAAGGAAGCCCUCGCCGCCGCUCAUGAGCAAGAUCCGAAGCCCAGUCCUUUCAAAGAGACCGAACCUCCCUGGCCUUUCAGAAAGCUACCUACAAUCUUGGACGAUGCAUCAACCAUCAAGCCGGAUGUGGCUCACACAUAUGCUAUCGUGGGCUGGGGAAAAGAUCUUGCGGGCUCUAGCUUGCUUCUUCUGUGCCGGCUACGGGUUUUCUCUGGGAGAUCUAUUCAGGAUGCGCUCGAUGCUGCAUAUACAGACUUCAGGGACUAUGUUCACCGGAAGGGCAAGUCUACAUCCAUCACCAACUUCAGCCUUAAAACCACCUUGAAGGUGGAGACGUUGAAAGGGUAUCCUGCUGGGUGUGGAAAGGGCUUCGACUGCGGUGUCAUGAAUGGCUGGUUGGAAGAAGUGACCACUCGUGUGCAAGAGCGAUCAGUGGCAACUUGCUCGGCAUAG